AUGUUAAAAAAGAUCGACUCAUUAUCUCCACGUUCACGUUCACGAUCAAUUUCAGUUGAAUUCAAACCUAUUAUUCCAACAACAGAAAACAAAAGAUUUAUUACAGAAAUUUACCGUAAUAAAAAAUUAGAAGAAGAACUUGCAUUAAUCAAACCAAAAACAUGCGCAGAUUUAUCCUAUUGGAAUAUAACUGAUGAUGAUAUGUUAAUGAUUAUUAAACAAAUUAUAAAAAAUAAACAAUGUAUAGAACUUCGAUUAUAUGGAAAUCAAAUAACAUCACAAGGCAUAUCUCUUUUAAUUUCAAGUUUAACAAAUAAUUCAAUAUUAAAAAGUCUUGAUCUUUCUUAUAAUCAUAUAUCAGAUACAGGUGUUUAUUUCUUAAGUCAAGUUCUUUUACCAAAUCAUUAUUCAUCUCUUGAGAUACUUCAUCUUAAUAAAAAUGGUAUUUCAAAUGAUGGUAUACAUUGUUUAUCUGAAAUGCUUCGAACAAAUCAAACAUUAACUGAAUUAUGGUUAUCAGAUAAUGAAAUUGGAAAUCAAGGAGUAAAAUUAUUAGCUAAUAUAUUAAUUAAUUAUAAUAGAAAAUUAAAAGUAUUAGUACUUUCAUUUAAUAUAUUUAUAACUGAUGCAAGUAUUGAUUAUUUUCUUCAAAUGUUAGAACAUAAUCAAACAUUAGAACAAUUAUCAAUAAAUAAUUGUAAUUUAUCUGAAAUGGGUCAAAUGAAACUUCGAGAAAAAGCUAAUAGAAAGAAAAUAUUUAAAAUUGAACUUUAA